UAAGCAGUGCCAGAUGGUCAGAUUUGUACACUUUACAGCAGAGGUAGGGUUUAAUUAAGGAUUUUUAAAAGGCUAAGGAGGCAACGUAUAAGGCCUACAUCACCUGAGUAUCUGAGCAUCUCAGAGGUGGCUGCAUUUCAGUGGCGAAUGAAAGAGUAGAUGUAUGCCAUGGCCAUGGCAUUAAGGUGUCUCCGUCAGCUACCUCCCCUGCUUCAUCAUUCUCUCUCAGGACUAGUAAGGCCACCCCUGCAAGUACCUUUGAGGCAUACAGCUCUGAUGCUGAAUGGCUGCAGGCAGUGUGUGGUCCACCAGACAAUGCUGACCAGACAUCUAGCUACCAAGAAAGCCAAAGCUAAAGGUAAAGGAGAGACCCAAGCCAGAGUGAAUAUCAAUGCUGCCUUAGUUGAAGAUAUUAUCAGUCUAGGGGAGGUAAAUGGUGAAAUGCAGGCAGUGGUGGAAGUCCUUAAGGAAGAAUUUGGGAAAAAUCUCAAUAUAAGAACCUCACCAGGCGCUCUUGAUCAUAUAACUGUGACAACAAAAGAUGGAAAGUUUCCAUUAAACCAGCUUGGACAAAUCUCGCUGAAAUCUCCUCAGCUCAUUCUAGUAAAUAUGGCUAGUUUUCCAGAGAAUACAGCUGCAGCUAUCAAGGCUAUAAGGGAGAGUGGAAUGAACCUGAACCCGGAAGUAGAUGGGAUAAUAAUUCGGGUGCCAGUUCCUAAGGUAACAAGAGAACACCGUGAAAGCCUGGCCAAACUCGCCAAACAGCUUACGAACAAGGCUAAGGACUCCUUGCGAAAGGUCCGGAGUAACGCUGUGAACCACGUGAAGAAGGCCAAGAGCACAGUGUCUGAAGACACCAUUAAGCUGGUAGAAAAGCAGAUCCAGCAAAUGGCAGACGACACUGCAGCAGAGAUGGACAGGCUCCUGGCAGGGAAGACCAAGGAGCUCCUCGGCUGAGUGCAGCUUGGACAGACACACAGUCAGCAGUGACUAUGGACUGCAGACAACCGCAGACCAAAUGUUCCAUGCUUGGCCGUAGCUGCUUAGUGUGACUGGCAGGGUGGACUGGGUCCUACCUCACGAGUAGAGUUAUGCUGUGAUUACUCAGGGAAUUGGCCCAUGAUGAGUGUUGGGGGUGGGGGAAUCUAGUCUGUAUUUCAUCGAUUCAAGCAAUGACAACUGAAUUUGGAUAAAAUAAGGUUAAGAGGAACUGAGGAAUGGCUCUUAGUUGUCAACCUUCACCAUGGCAGCAGCCUCUCCCUGCCAAUGGCAUUAAAGCACUGAGCGGUGGGGUGCUCAGAUUAGUGAAUGUUUGUCCCCUUUGCAGAUCUCUUUCUUACACUUCCUGCCAUGAAAUUCCCACUUAGGGCCUGUCUACACUAGGGUCAGUUUCUCUGGUGUAACUAUAUCAGUGUUGCUAACCAGGUAUAGACAGGGCCUUCAAGUCAAUAGCAGCAAGCAGGGCCACCCGGCCAUUCUGCAGGUGUCUCCCCCAGGCGGCUUGGCUGAAACUCAUGCAUUGGACAAGGGCACUGCAUAGAUUUGUCCCAAUGGAACAGGAGUGCUCAAAAAAACAGGGCUUUCACUAGCUAGAGUCCAGCCACACUGAGCAGAAGGUUGGUCUCGCAGGAUCCUCCUUUCAGAGAAGGCCCCGUGUACCUCUCAAUUCUGAAGGCUCUGCCUAGAGCCUUCCCAGGCUCCUUUGGGUUCCAGCUACCCCUAACCAUAAUGCUGGGGGAAGAAAGGGAAGCGAUCAAGGGAAACUCACAUGUUCAUUGCCCUGCUGUGAACCAGGUCAUUUGUUUUCAGCUAAAAUAAAAUCAAACAGAGAUGUUAAAAAACAGACCAGGCAGUUCCCUGUCACUCCAUCCCCUUCCCUUUGCAGGAGAGUUUACGUACCGCUCGCCUGCAGCCUGGCCCCUGUUCACGCAAAGGCUCCCAGCACGGUGUGUCAGACGGGUUGCAGCACACCUGGCAGGGCAGCCCAAAUCUCCUAGUGGCCGAAUGAGGCUGCGGUUACGUCUAGCAAAGCCACAACGCUCAAUGGCUUGCGUGAGGCACAUUGAUGGGCUCAGGCCAGUCCGCAGUGGACCAGUGUGCAUAUCAGGUGCAGGUUGCGGGGGGAACAGCGCGGUGAGCCUCAUGUUUGUUGGCACCCUUAGCAGAGAGGCCAAGGAGACUGGAUGACUCUGUACCCGUUCAGGCGUAGAGAGAGCCACGCUGGGAGGGGUGGGGCAGGGAGGAUGGUAUUUCUGUUGCCCAGGCUGUAGCGGUUUCAUGGAUACAGAGAAGAUUUGAAACUCCCGAGCUGUCAAUCCAGCAGCUUUGGCCAGCACUAAACUCACCUAACGAGAACUCGAAAGCACAGCGCUAGACGCCUCCUGAAAGCCACAUUCCGCCCCCCCCCACCCUCUCCCCGACUGCAGGAUCUCAGUUUCCAAUGGGAAUCAUGUGCACGGUUUGGGGCACCGGGGGAGCAGAACUUGCUCUAAGUGCUGGAUGCUUUGUAGCAGCUUCCUGCCCCUCACUAUCGGCAGGUACGUCCCAAGAACACAGUUUAUCUUCAUAAACAGAGGAAAUGAUGAAUUGGGGAGUAACCCUGCUCCAAAGGCCAUUCGGUUCUAAGCAGCGCCGAGUUCUCUGUAGUCUUUAAAUAAACAACCAAAAAAAAAAAAAAAAAGAAAGUUAUUUUGUGCACAGAGCAGGGGGCGGGGGCGGGAAUGAAAGAUUUUCUAUACUUGGGCCCCACAUGUCAACAAUUUCUCUGCUUUGUGUAUUUUGGCCGAAAGCGUCUAUCAUGAUAAAUGAAUAAAGGAAAAUGGUAAGCCCAAG